AUGGUAAACAUUCAACAGCUCAAAAGGUUGCGGCCUCUAGGAAAACUCGAGAAGGUCUCAGCCUCAUGCCACCACCAGGAGUUCUUCAACAAUGUUGGUCUCUCGGCUCACUACAUACUCUCUGAGCCCUCAUCUCCCCUGGCUGGAUCUGACCUGCGUCGUCUCAUCUACACCGCAGUAGGAGAUGUAAUCCGCAAGCACCGUAUACUGUUUGUUAUUCCUGUCAACGAAGACGCUCCGGAUACAUUCUUCGCCUCUCUCCCCUCAAUUGACCUCAAUCGAAGCGUCACCUUCCUCGAACGAUCCCAGCCUUUUGAUUCCAGCGGAGAAGACGAGGAACUCGAUGCGAUUCUCGAGAGCCAGCACAACACCAAUUUCAAGUCUGAAUAUGGCACCUUGCCUUUUUGGAGACUGAUUAUCCUGCGAAACCGUGGGACAGAGAAGGAGUUCACGGCCUCCUUCAUAUAUCAUCAUGCUAUCGGCGACGGAGUCUCCGGCCUGGUUUUUCACGCUGCGUUCCGUAAUGCAUUGGAGGCCGCUUCACCAGACUCCAAGGUGGAGGACAUCGUCAUACCGGACGAAGAUACUCUGGUCCCCCCGCCUCUCGAGGAAUUGCAUCCGCUACCCAUCAAGCCAACGCCCCCCAGCCCAUCCACGACAGCCCUCAGAGAGUGGACUGGCAACUCCAUCCGCAUGCCUUGCAAGACCCGCUGGAAGUCUCUUUGCUUCUCGCCGGACGCCUCCAAAGCCUUCUUCCAAGAAUGCAAAGCAAAUAAUCAAUCGGUAACAUCUGGCCUGUCUUCCAUCAUCGCCAUGGCCUUGUUCAGCGCCUUAGGGUUGGAGACGGAAGCUCUCACUUGCAUCAUUCCAGUGAACCUGCGGCCUUGGCUCAAGUUACCCUGCGAAGUUGGCGACGGAGCAAUUGGCUCUUACUUUGAUGCCACCAGAGUACAGUUCACGCGGCCGCGGGAUCCCGGUGCGACAGAUGUGUGGCCUGGAGCCCAACAGGCUUCAAAGGCGAUGAAAGAUUACCUCCAAAACGUCUCGCCGUCUGGAGAGCCUUACACGGCUGUUGCGAUUUUCCAGACCAUCCCAGACAUCUCUGCUGUCUUCGCUUCGAUGCUUGGAAAACCACGCGACGCAGCGUUAGAAGUGACCAACGUCGGACGCUUCUCGUCUUCCGCCACCGGCAACACCGCGGAUGCUCCUCUUUGGCAGGUAGGAAAGGUGAUACUCAGCCGGAGUUCUCUGGUUGCUGGUGCUGCCGUCACUGUCAGCGUUGCCACGGGUGAGAAUGGAUCGAUGACGCUCGGUUUCAGCUGGCAAGACGGGGUUGUCGAAGAUGGCCUGUUACGUAGUAUCAGCCAAGGGGUCAAGAAAUACUUUGAGAAAUAUUAA